ACACACGGCGGUACGCGCAACAGUUGCGUCGAGACCAGACACGGAGAAGAGGCACCGAUAGAGUCGGGAUCAUCGUCGCGUGUCCCGAGUUGUUGAGCCAAUUACAAUCGGAAAGUGCUCGGGCGAGGGAGAGGCUGGUCUGAUCGAACCUCGAACGUCAACUUGCACUUGGAUCUCAAUUGGGAAACCGCGUGACUUCGAAUGCCGUCUGACACGUCUCGCGUUGCCAUGGAAAUCCGCGGGCAUAACCGCACCGGUUCCGGAUUGAAAGUACUUAGGUAAACAAACGCAGUACCGCAUAUACCCUCGCCAGGAUGACGGAGGAGAAACGGCUGUCGUUGGGCAUCAACGUCAGCCUUCUACUGAUACUGAUGAUAUUCAGCACACUUCUGUGCUUGCCUUUACGAUUGCUGUUCAACACGAAUUACUCGGAUCAGAGUCGCGGAAAUGAAAGCAGCGUCAGUGACCUGGGCGAGAAAGAAAGGGAGCCCGCGAUCCCGAUGGAUCAUCGAAAAUUGAGACGCUGCCCGAAUCUACAGUACGAGGAUCGCUUGAUGUCCGUCUUUGUGAACGAUUACGACGGGAAUUGCACGUACGUGCAGGACAACGAUGACGAGGAUGAUAAUGGCGAUGAUGACAGCGACUCUAAAGAGAAAGAGGAUAGCAGAGAGGAUGAGAACGAGGAGAAGGUGAAGACGUACAGGUCCAAGAGGAGGAAACGGUUCGACGAAGAAACGAAAGAAAGCGCUGAAGAGAUCUUGAAGACGCGUCAGAUGAAGUCCGUCACGGUGGCAGGCCACAUACUCGUGACGAUGUUGCUCGUAUCAGUAAUAGCUGCCCUCGUUGAAGUACUGCGAAUACGCUUCGCCAGAGAAAAAGAUUCGUCUAGGGCAGGAAAGAUUAUAUCACGGAGAAGCUCCUUCAACGUGGACAUAUCCGUAGCAAGACGUCCCAUUUCAAGAGAAUUAAUUAGAAGCCGAAAGUCCCUUGAGAUACCAGGAAUGCACCGUUCCGCAUUGCGUCUGUUAGGAGCGCGGCCGCCCCCACUUAUACGUCGCUCCUCGUUUCCAAUACCACAAGCGAAGCAUGCCGCUACCUCGUCUCUUUGCGGUACACCGAGUAAAGGGGUAACGCGGCGCCAGUCGGCUGAAUCGGACGAAGAAAUCGGGAUUGUCACUAACAUUCUUCAUCAUCGCAUUCGUCUAAUCCGUCGCCAUUAAAGCGAACGAGAACAGUAUGUACAUCAAUCCAUCAAAUUUCUCAUAUUCACAUUAAUGACAAAACUGAAAAGUUUAUGCGUCUUCGACUAUAUAACAUAACUUGCAACGCACAACGAUAUCACCAAUGACCUUUUUUACGCUCGUACAACGUUGAAAAAUCUUUCUCUAAGGAACAAUACUAUCUUCCAACGCAUCCCUUACGGCGGCUUCAAUAGUGCUCCAAUUUACACGACGCUUUUUUAUUACGUUGUACGUGAAGUUCUGCUUUCUAGCCAAGCGAUAUUUGCAAUUUAAGACGAUGGUUAAUAUGCGAAUUAAGUUUUCGAGAAAAGUUAUCGCGUCUACUGCGGUAGGAAGCUGAAUUGUCACAGCACAUAUGCGGACUAACGUGUUUAAUAAAGUAAUUUCUAUUCCUGUUCUUUCCUAUAUUGAUCGCACAAUAUGCUUUACAUAAUCAAAUGCAAACAAUCUAAUUUAAGUAAUAGUGAUAUUGAUUUAUUAAUAAAUUGUUAUCAAUCUUUUUAUCACGCAACAGCGUAAAACAAGUACGAAGUUUCUAAACUUCGAUCCUAAUAAACAUUUUAGAAAUUUAUACAUCAGAAACAAGACAGUAUUUUUAAACUCAAAUGCAGCUUAGAAUCAAAUCACUAAUGUAACAAAGCUUUCGUUCGAGAUGAGAGAGAGAGAGAAAGAGAGAAAAUUUUUUAAAAAACAUUCUCUGAUGUAAACUUUUCUACAGAAAUCCGACGAAUUUAAAUAAAAUAAGUAUAUGUGCACUCUCAAACUGAUAGUACAACGAUCAAACAUCCUUAUUUGUGUGAUCUCCAUUGUUUUCUUAAUGCAAUUAUCAUUUCUUAUUUAUAUGUGUAUUAAAAUACUUCGAAAGAAUUAUAUAUAAAGAUUAUUUAAUUUUAUUAUCUCUACGAAAGUCAUAAUAAUAAAUUUAUCAAAAUGCAGAUGAAUAUUGUAAUUUUGUAUGACUGUAUAACGAAGUUAGUUUGAAAGAAUAAUCUCAAUGUAUUCGUUAUUUUUGUAAUCAGAAAAUAUCGUAUUAACUGUAUCUCUGCCUCGACGAGUCUUCGACAAUCUUAUGCAACGAGCUGUAAGCGUCCUUCUUCUAUGUGAUAUGUAUGUACAAUGGGCUUCACGAAUGCCUCAAGUUGCACCAAUUGUAGACGUUCUCGGGACGUGCACAUUGUAUUCAUGCAUUAUAACUGCAUGUUGCGUUGGCACAGUCUUAUUCAUACCAAGUAGUAGAUAGCAAGAAAAAAUUUACAAUAAUUAAUAAUUUUGAAAUUGCAUUGUCCGAAGUUCUACCUUGUACCAUUUUAUAUUUUGUAGCAUUAUAUCCUUUAGAUUCUUCCAAUUUCUCCUAAAUAUUUGAGGACGUAGAUUUUUGCGAGUUUUUUAAACUUAAAUUUUUAAUUAUUUUUAAAAUUCAAGUUAUUGUUACUUUUUGGCGAUCUGACUGAUUUAGUAUAGAGAUAAAACAUUGUAAAAAAGGUAUAAGAGUAAAGAAAUUUUUUUCCAAAAAUUUAAUGUAAUGUAAAAAAUAAAAAGACAAAUAACUUAGGCGCUGUUUCACAAUGUCAUCGAUGUUUGGUUACCAAAGAAACAUAUAUCUUGUCAUAUUACUUUAAUGUUUACAUUAAUAUUUAAUUCUCUCUUUUAUAUUCAGUAAAGUGUAAAUAUUCUCAGUGAGCAUUAUUGAAAGGCAGAGUUUUUUAAGAGGCCUUUAAGAAGACAUCAUCAACAUAUAUGAAAAAUGAUAUUAUGGAGUUAUCACUUAAAAGUUAACUUUUAGAAGAGUCCUUUAUGAUGUCUCUAGAUUGAUCAAAUUUAGCAUUUUCCAUAAAAACGUCCAGGUUAUGUCCCGAUAUUCGCUAUUAGUAUUAACAUUUUAUAGUAUACAUUAUAUAAAAUUAUAGUUUUUCAGUACUGAAUUAUAGUUUUUCAAUAUCAAAUUGCAGCCCGAUCAAACCAGUAGUAAGAGCAUUGUAAAAUAUAUAUUAUACAAAUAUCAUAUUAAUUAACAGUAAUGUGUAAUUAUAAGUCCUACCAUUUUUGAUGUGUUCUACAUCAGUUUUGCACUAAUUGUUUCUGUCAAAAUAGUAAAUAUGGAUACAUACACACAUACAUACAUAUAUGAAAAAUUUAUACAGCAUUUAUAAAAAAAAAAUAUUUAAAAUUUAUACAAAAUUUAUAGAAAAAUUCAUAGAAAAAAGUUUAUAGAAUUCUAUAGAAAAUUCUAUAGAAAAUUCUAUAAAAAAUUCUGUAGAGAAUUCUGCAAUCAAUUUAUUGACAAUUUACAGAAAAUUUUAUAAAGAAUUUUGUACAGAAUUAAUAGAAAAUUCUAUAGAGAAUUCUGUAGAAAACUCGUAGAGAAUCCAUAGAAAAUCUAUUUAAAAAUUAUAUAAAUUCAUGGAAAAUUUGUAGAAAAUUUGUAUAAAAUUUGUACAAAAUUUAUACACACGGACAUAUAUUUAUGUAUGUGAAUACAAUUUGUAAGCUAAAUUAUCAGUCAGCAUUUCACACGUGCUGUUCUGCAUUUUUUUCUCCCAAAUAAAUUGUAACCUAAUUUUAUAUAAAAUUAUACUGUAUGUAAUUUUAUAUACUGAGCAACAAAAUUAACGCAACAAAAAUUUAUGCCAAAAUUUCAUUCUUAAAUAAUCAACUUUAAAUAAUCGUAACUUUGCGAGAACUUAUCGUAUUGGAAAGUUUUUUUUUUAUUUUAAAACUUGAAGUUUCUACUUUAUAUAAGGAACAUUUGUUAGAUUUUGAUCUUUUCCUUUUCCUUUUUUGGCAUCUUUUCAAAAGUAAGAAUGUGUUUUGUAUUUAAAAAUUUUCAUACCUCUUCAAAGUAUUAGAGACUUCAAGCUUUAAAAUGAAAAAAAAACUUUUCAAUACGAUAAGUUCUCGCAAAGUUACGAUUAUUUGAAGUUAAGUGACAUUUUAGUACUAAUUUUUGUUGCGUUAUAUUUGUUGCUCAGUAUGUAAAUAUAUGUUUACGUAUAUCACAAAUUUAGUAUAUUUCUUUCAUAAUUAAUUUCAUAUAUUAUUAAUUAAAUAUAUAUAUUUAGUAUUAAUAUUAUACAUGUUUAUAUAUGUGAAUAGAGUUUGUAAGCUAAAUUAUAAAGGUUUAUUUUGUAUAUAUGAUUGUUUACGUAUGUGAACAUGUAUCUAUAUAUAAUAAUUUUAUAUAAAUACAUGUUUAUGUAUUCUAUUCGGGAUAUUUUUUCAUAAUUAGUAAAUAUUUAAAUUUAAAUUAAAGAACACUUAAAAAAA